AUGUGCAAAGAGGUAGCUGACAAGAGCCUCUUCAGCGGCUUCAACUUUGAUCUGCGUCGUGUAGACAAGGAGGCGCUCGAGGAGAAAAUCCAGGAGGCCAACGAGGAUGACAAGGUCGACGGCAUUAUCGUCUACUACCCCAUCUUCCCCGGCAACCCCAUCCACGACAAGUAUAUCCAGGAGACUGUGUCGCUGGCUAAGGAUGUCGAGGGUCUUUGCCACAAGCACAUCUACAACAUGUACCACAACGUCCGCUUCCUGGACCCGCCCCAGAACCUGCGCAAGUCCAUCUUGCCCUGCACGCCCCUCGCUGUUGUCAAGAUCCUUGAGCACCUGCAGAUCUACAACCCCAUUCUCGCUUCCGGCAACCGCCUCUUCGGCAAGACCAUCACCGUCAUCAACCGCUCCGAGGUUAACGGUCGCCCCCUAGCUGCCCUGCUCGCCAACGAUGGCGCCACGGUCUACUCGGUCGACAUCACUGGUGUCCAACUUUUCACUCGUGGACAGGGCAUUAAGCAGCCGCGUCACCAGGUUACGAACAAGGAAGGCUGGGGUCUGGAGGAGGUCCUGCCCAUCAGCGACGUCAUUAUUGGCGGCGUCCCCAGCGAGAAGUACAAGAUCAACACAGACCUCAUUCGCGAGGGUGCCGUAUGCAUCAACUUCUCGUCCUUCCGCAACUUCGACGCCCCUACGGUGAAGGAGAAGGCUGCCAUCUACGUUCCCUCCGUUGGCAAGGUCACUAUUGCUUGCCUGCUGCGAAACUUGGUUCGUCUCAUUGCCAACCGCCCUACGACGAAGGAUAACGGUAACGAGGACGCCAGCACUGCGCAGGCCAGAAGCGAGGCCUUUACCGAGGGCUAA